AUGUCAUACUUACCAUUGGAAUAUCAGCAAAAUAUUCUUGAAGAACUUUUAGCUGAAGAUGGUUUAUUAUUGCUUGGCCGUGGUUUAGGAUUGAAACGUAUUAUGUGUUCAUUUCUUAAAGUUUAUUCGCAGGCAGAUCACUUGGUACUUUUGUUAAAUUCUUCAGCAAGUGAAGAAAUUAGUAUCAAGGAAGAACUCGCAAGUAUGGGGGUUCGAAAGCCUGGGUUACGAGUUGUAAAUAAUGAAAUAGGCGCUAAGGAGAGAUCAGAAUUGUAUCUCUCGGGUGGUAUCAUAUCAAUUACUUCUCGAAUUUUAAUAGUCGAUAUGUUAACAAAAAGAAUUCCUUCAAAUAUUAUCACGGGAAUAGUAAUAAAUCGUGCUGAAAGAGUAAAUGAGACAUCUACUGAAGCCUUUAUACUAAGAAUAUAUAGAGAAGAAAAUAAGGAAGGAUUUAUUAAAGCAUUUUCUGAUUCACCUGAAUCAUUCAAUUCCGGAUUCUCGCCACUUCAAACUUCCUUGCAAUAUCUUCAAAUACGUAAAGUCUUUAUAUGGCCACGCUUUCAUGUGACCGUACGCAAAUGUCUUGAGGAACGAACAUCCGAUGUAAUUGAAUUAUAUCAACCUCUAUCAGAUUCAAUGAGAGAAAUCCAAGUAUCAAUCCUUGAAUGCAUAGAAGCUUGCAUAUCUGAUUUAAGAAAGACUAAUAUUGCAUGGUUAGACCUUGAUGACUUAACUGUUGAGAAUGCAUUUUCACGAUCAUUUGAUCGAAUAGUAAGACGUCAACUUGAACCAGUUUGGCAUCGUGUUGGUUUAAAGACCAAAUUGUUGGUUGGUGAUCUCACUAUUUUACGGAAAUUACUCACUUAUCUUGUUAGUUAUGAUUGUAUUACAUUUCAUAGUUUUUUGGAAGCCAUAUUAACAAGUCAAACGCCUACAUCUACUUUAAGUCAACAGCAACAAUCACCAUGGAUAUUGACUAAUUCUGGGAACAAUAUAUUUACAGUAGCUAAAAGACGUGUUUAUGUUCGUUCUGGAGUAACUGCUAAAGAUAGUCAUAAAAAAAAUAAAGGAAAAACUCACGAAAAAGGCAAAACGAAAAAAAAUCAAGAAUUUCCUCCUGGAAUUGAAUCAGUGUUAGAAGAAUUACCAAAAUGGGGACUUUUAGCAGAUGUCUUGCAUGAGAUCGAAUUAGAUAUAGAGUUAUCGUGGAAAAGUGGAAUGGCCAAAGUUAGUGAAAAUUUAUUUAAGCCAACAAAAGAAGCAAUCCAAGGUGAUAAUUCACAGAAAGGUGAUGAUAAUAAUAAUAAUUCAACACGUAUAGAUGAGAAUAAAAGGCGAAAUAAACGUGGACAACAACCUCUAAAUAAAAGACGACGUGUUCGAGGUGGAUCAUCGACUGCUUCGAUGUCAUCAUCAUCAUCACGUGCAACUAUAUCCAUUGUUGAGGAAGAAGCUAAGGAAAUAGCGAACUAUAUUAAUUCUGUCAAUAGAACACCAGUAUAUGAAGUUGACGAAGUUAUUGAUGUUGAUGAAGAAGUUAUUGAUGUUAACGAAGUUAUUGAUCUUGAUAAAGAAGUUAUUGAUGUUGAAGAAGAAGUUGUUGAUGUUGAUGAAGUUGUCAGAUCUCGUGGAUCAUAUUAUGAUGAUGAUUUUGAUUUGGAUGCAUUUUCGACUCAUUUUGAGUUACUUUCAAUGGAUUCAUUGAUUGUUAUCCGACCAAUUUCUGGAGAUUAUGAUAAAGUUUUGGAAGCAUUAAAACCCAAAUAUAUUAUUAUAUACCAUCCUGAUCCAACAUUUGUGAGACAUGUUGAGGUAUUUCGUUCUAUGCACCCGGGAAUUGCAUGUAGAGUUUAUUUUCUUAUGUAUGAAAAUUCUAUAGAAGAGCAAAGAUAUCUUAGCUCAAUACGAAGAGAAAAGGAAUCUUUUGAAAAAUUGAUUCGUGAAAAAUCUGUAAUGGCUAUCCCUUUAGGCAAGUCUAGAGUAACUCAGAGUAAUAAUCCUGCUGAUAUGUUUUUGAGGACCAUCGACACUCGUAUAGCAGGUGGCGGUAAAUUAGAACAAGAAACUAAUAAAUCAUCAAAGAUUAUUAUUGACAUUCGAGAAUUUCGAUGUUGCUUACCAUCUUUACUUCAUGCACAUGGGAUUGAAAUCAUACCAUGUACAUUACAAGUUGGUGAUUACAUUUUGUCGCCACAAAUUUGUGUCGAAAGAAAAUCAAUAUCAGACUUAAUUGGGAGUUUUAUUUCAGGAAGAUUGUACACACAAUGUGAAUCAAUGUUAAUAUAUUAUAAACAACCAAUAUUAUUGAUUGAAUUUGAACAAAAUCAAACAUUUACUUUUCAAGCAAUAAACGAUUUGAAAUCUGAUAUUAGUGUCAAUGAUAUUUCUUCAAAACUUGUGUUACUUACACUUACAUUUCCUCGAUUACGAAUAAUUUGGUCAUCCAGUCCUCAUGCUACUAAAUUACAUGAUGAACCUGACAUCGAAAAGGACUUUCUUCGCGCUUUACCUGGAAUUACCAGGAAAAAUUAUAAACGCGUUAUGUCAAAAGUAAAAAAUUUGCGAGAAUUAAGUGAAUUGCCUUUAAAAGAAUUGCAAAAUUUAAUUGGUGAUGAAAAUGGUUUGUUUGACAAGGAUAAAACCUUACAAAACACUAAUCCUGUAAAUAAUUUUGGAGAAAUGCAAAUUGCUGGCGAAACACUUGCUUGCGGAAAUGAAAAUAUACAUGAGACUGGUGAGGUUUCUGAUCAGAUGGCCAGGAGAAAUCAUAAGAAAAGUGGUCUUGAUCUUGCAGAUCCAAAUGGAAGGAAAGUGGUGUUAACCAAAUUCGUCAAUUUCUUUUGA